AUGGUCGCCGCAGUCCAUUUCGUAGCAGUUCUGCUUGGUGUAGCAGCGGCAGAUAUUGUACCGGAUGAAUAUUUCGAAGGUGACGGCACGAGUUACACGCUCAGUGAAGUGAGCAGUGGCAAUUGUAACUUUAUGUCGGCUAUUCCGACAGCAUCCACCAACUUUGUAGCACUGAACGAGGAGCAAUGGAAUACACUUGGCAAUUGUGGACGCUGUAUUGAGGUCUCGUGUAUUGACGUCCAAUGCACGGUACAGAACAAGACGGCUGUCGUCCAGGUGCUGGAUCGAUGCCCCGAGUGUGCACACGGAGCUCUUGACCUGUCACCGACAGUGUUUAGCGAUAUCACGGGCUUAGGACCCAACCGUCUCACGGUCCGUUGGCGAUUCGUAGACUGCCCAGACGCAGGCAAUGUACAAGUAUGUCUGAAGGAGGGCAGCUCUAGUAGCUGGAUCGCGGUGCAGCCGACCAACGGUCUCGUUGGUAUUCAAAGUGUCACACUCAAUGGUGCCACUACAACCAUGUUGGAUGGUGCCUACUUCUACGUUUCGACAACAGCGAAGGCUGAUCUUUCAGCUGUAAAAGUUGCAAUUACGUCGGUCAAUGGUGACGUGAUUUCAGGUACCUACUCGCUUUCGGUAGGCAAGUGCACGGACACGAUGCAACAGUUCACCAGCGGUUCUUUAUCACAGACAAAGACGCAGACGAUUCUGGACACAACGGAACAAUUCGCCAGCGUUUUUUCAAUACAGACAGAGACGCAGACGACUGUGGACACGACGGAUACUCCAGCUCCUACGCCUGCUCCUACUACUACCAAAACCACAACGGUCACUCCCACUUCCGAAUACACACCGGUCGUUCCAGAAGCUCAGGAACCAAGCAAAGGGGCUACUCCAGCCGCUACCACUCUAAAAGCUACGACAGCCACUUACAAAGACACACCAAGUACGGAAGCUAUUUCAGAAGCCCCUUCCGAAUACACACCGGUCACUCCUACUUCCAAAGACACACCGGUCACUCCGGAAGCUCAGGGAACAAGUAAGGGUGCUACUCCAGCAGCUACCACUCCAAAAGCUACGAUAGCCACUCACAAAGGCACAUUAGGCGCGGUGGCUCCUCCGGAAACUACGACAGCCACUUCAGAGUCCACUUCCGAAUACUCGCCGGUCACUCCGGAAGCUCAGGAACCAAGUAAGGGUGCUACUCUAGAAUCUACCACUCCAAAAGCUAUGACAGCCACUCACAAAGGCACAUUAGGCGCGGUGGCUCCUCCGGAAACUACGACAGCCGCUUCAGAGUCCACUUCUCAAUACACACCGGUCGUUCAAGAAGCUCAGGGAACAAGUGAGGGUGCUACUCCAGAAUCUAACACCCGAAAAGACAAGCAGGUCACUCCGGAAACUCAGGAACCAAAUAUGGAGGCUACUUCGAAAGCUACGUCAACCUCGCCCGAAGCCACAACAGCUACAGACGCGCCGCCCCAAUCUGGCGAUACGCCCAUGUGUCACGUGUGA